GCUGCAGCAUCAUGAUUAACUCCACACAUGUUUUAUAUUUUACUCUGAGUGCCUACUUUGACGUUGGACCUUUGAAAUACCUUAACUUUAUGAUCAUUAUGUGUCUGUAUGUUUUGAUCGUUGGCUCUAACGUGCUGCUGAUCGUGGUGAUCUGUGUGAACAGCAGCUUACAAGAACCUAUGUACAUGUUUCUGUGCAGCCUGUUUGUGAAUGAACUGUACGGCAGCACAGGCUUGUUCCCCUUCCUGCUGGUCCAGAUUCUCUCUGAUGAUCACACGGUUGCUGCUCCGCUCUGCUUCCUGCAGAUCUUCUGUGUUUACACCUAUGCAACAGUUGAAGUUUUAAAUUUGGCUGUCAUGUCUUAUGACAGGUAUGUUGCCAUCUGUUUUCCUCUGCAGUAUAACACCACGAUGACUGUUAGAAAGGUUGCCUUGCUCAUUGCCUUGACGUGGGGUUUCCCCUUUUUGGCCAUUGUGGUUCUGAUCUCACUGAGUGCACCCCUGCAGCUCUGUGGGAACGUCAUUGAUAAGGUUUUCUGUGGGAAUUACUCCAUCGUUAAACUGAGCUGCUCUAAUACCAGCAUUAACAACAUUUACGGACUUAUUUACACAGUAAUCUCAAUAGUAGUUCCUCUCAUUUUAAUUCUUUACACCUACGCAAAGAUUCUGGAAGUGUGUUUUUCUGCAACCAAACAGACCCGGCAUAAAGCCGUCAGCACCUGCACUCCACACCUGGCCUCUAUCUUAAACUUUUCUUUCGGCUGCUGUUUUCAGAUAUUGCAGAGCAGGUUUGAUCUAAGCAGUGUGCCUCCUGUGUUAUCCAUUAUCUUGUCGCUGUACUUCCUGACGUGCCAGCCGCUCUUUAACCCAGUGCUAUAUGGGCUGAAAAUGACCACAAUCCGAGACGCGGGUAAACGUCUGCUAUGUGGAGAAAACUCUGGUCCUGCAGCAGAGCUGUUCAGUUCAGCUUCUCGUACCUGACAACAUUUCUGAAGAUUUUAUUCUGGUGUGGGCUCAAUUAUCACUUUGUCUUAGGCUCAAUUUUAGUGUUUUUCCAUGGUUCUGAAGCAGUCAGGUUAGAUGUUUCUUUAAUGAGACAUGAUGUUCAGUUUGCAGACAAACAACUGAUGCUUUUCUUUUUCUCUCUGUUCUGAAUUUCUGUGCAGAUGUUUUGAUAUGAAAAUAAUUAAUGAAUGAAUGCAUUUUAUUUGGUCGUCUGUCCUGAGUUAAAAGUCUGGAAUUUGUUUUUAUCAAUUUUCAGAUCUGGAUAAAUAUGGAUAAAAGAAAAGAAAAGCACCACCGGAGUGGUUUUCCUUCUUCAACUCUUUAAAGGACAGA